AUGGAUACUGAUACAAGCAUAUUACCUGGAAUUAAAAGACAAAUAACAUUACAACGUUCAAAAACAUUUCUAGCGUUACUUUUAUUGAUAUUUGGAUGGGUUAUUAAUAUUAUUACCCUUGCAUGGGUACAUGAUCGUGUACCAAGAAAUUAUGAACCAUUACCAGAUUUGUUUUUCAGUAUAUUUCCAGAGAUUCCAGAAACAAUUCGAAUCACAGAAUUUAUAAUGUUAUUUAUGGUUAUUAAUGCACUUGGAGUUAUCUAUUUUCAUCAACAUCGUUGGAUUGUAGGAAGAAGAGUAUUUUUAUGUAUUGCAAUAUCAUAUAUAUUUAGAGCCAUAUGUAUUUGUUUACUUCAAGUUCCUGUACCAUCAAAAAAUACUUACUGUGCACCACAAGAAAUUAGUAGUUUUUCAGUUGUAUCAAGAAGAGUUAUUACUACAUUUUGGUCAGCUGGAAUUGAAUUUCUUAGGCCAAGAAUAUUAUGUGGUGAUCUUUUAGUAUCUGGUCAUACUAUAUGUUUAUUUACAGCUCUUUAUACUUUUAAACAUUAUGCACCACAGAAAUUGCGUGUUUUAAAUAUUUUAUAUAGAAUUAUGGCAUUAAUAGCAAUUAUUUGUAUCUUAUUUGCCCGUAAACAUUAUUCUAUUGAUGUAUUUUUAGGAUAUAUUGUAGCAACAAAUGUCUUUAGAAUUUAUCAUUCAUUAAUGUAUAGUUUUCAUCAAAAUGAAAUGGAUAAAAAUCUUUUAUCACAAAAUAUAUUAUCAGGUAUGGUAGCAUAUUUUGAAAAAGAUGCUUUACCACCAUACCUAUUUGCAAAUAUAUUUGAAGUACCAUCAUUAAUAAAUGAUAAAUAUUUUUCUAAAUUUUGUGGAUACAAAAAAGAAUUACGCAAUCUUGACAUUUAA